AUGGAGAGCCAAGACAGCAGCGGCCCUAGCCAGGGUCCGGGCCCAAGCUCCGCAUCGACCCCUGGCCCGAGGGCGGAGCAGCCUCCCGAAGAGCAGCACGUGGCCCUAGACAGUAGUCCCCUAGACAGUUCCCGGGCUGAGGGCCCAGUGCCUGAUCCAAGCCAGGAGAGAAGAUGCCCUCUCCACCGCUGCCCAGUUACCACACCCCUCAUCUCUUCGGGCUCAUUACCAGUUUCAAGUGCCCUCCAACCCCAGGGUCAGAACUUAUCCAGUCCCUCAGGUCCUCCCCGAUUCCCUUAUCCCCGGGCCCAGCAGGAGUACCGUGGUAGCUACACCUUGCCUGGGCCUGGGGACAGAACUGCUCUGUGUUCCCACCACUCAAGCCUCAGCCCCUCCCCUGUCCCCUCACAGAGGGAUGGCUCCUGGAAGCCCAGACCUGUGCAGCACCAUGUGGUAAGCGUCAGGCAUGAGCAGGCUUUCCGGAUGCCAAAGAGCUAUUCCCAGCUGAUUGCUGAGUGGCCCCUGGCUGUGCUGCUGGUGUGCCUGGCCACUGUCUUGCUCUGUACGAUAGCUGGACUACUGAGGGGACAGAUGCCUGACUUCUCAGAGCCCUUACUGGGCUUUGAGCCUCGGGACACAGACAUUGGGCGAAAACUGGCAGUCUGGAGAAUCGUGCAGGAACUCACUGGCCACAAGAAGGUGUUUUCACUAACCCCUGACCCUGACCUGAAUAGUUCUGACAGCUCUAUCACUAUGAGUCCCAUGGACUGGGGAAGUGCCCAGGAAGGGUUGGCCCGGCCUCAUAGGAUGGUGGAGCCCUGGGAGGACAGAGGACAAGAUGGCUUCUUCUGUGGCCCCCCAGAGAAGGGUUACUCCCAGCUGGUCUUCAUGUCCACCACAGCUGGCAGCCUGUGGAAUCUGCAAGCCAUUCAGUCCAUGUGUCGAAUCGAGCAGGAGAAGAUCCGCUCCCAUGCCCAUUUCAGGGACCUAUGUCAGCGCACCUCGGCUGAUGAGUGCUGCCCCAGCUGGUCCUUAGGUAACUACAUCGCCGUGCUCUAUAAUCGCUCCUCCUGCCUGGACGUCACCCAGGGGGACAUUGUCCGCACAUUGGUUCUUCUACGGGCCUGUGCCCCUUAUUACCACCGUGGUGCCCUGGUGCCAGCCUGCCUGGGUACACAACGGGAGAAACACCCGCUCUGUACCCAUGUGCCUGAAAAGUGUGCCCGAGUCAGUGCCAUCUACCAGCUCCUGCACUUCCUGGUUGAUCGGGAUUUCCUGAGUCCCCAGACUGCUGACUACCAGGUACCCUCUCUCAAGUACAGUCUUCUCUUCUUGCCUACCAUGAAGGGGGCUUCCAUGAUGGGCAUCUACCUGGACAAUCUGGCCUCCUCCUGGGAACUCUUUGACAACUAUACCUCCAUCACAGGAAUGGACCUAGGCCUCAAGCAGCAGCUGUUUCAGCAUUACCUAGCCCGGGACACAGUGUACCCCGUGCUGGCUCUCGGUGCCAUCUUUCUCAGUAUCUCCCUGUACCUCCGCUCCCUCUUUAUCACAUUUAUGGUGUUGCUGGUGGUGAUAGGAUCCCUGCUAGUUGCCUUCUUCCUGUACCGGGUGGCUUUUCGCUUGGUCUAUUUUCCCUUUGUCAAUCUGACCGCUAUUGUCUUGCUCAGCAGCAUCUGUGCCAAUCACACCCUGGUCUUCUUUGACCUGUGGUGCCUCAGCAAGAGCCAGCUCCCCUCCUCCGGGCUCCCCGAAAGGGUCAGCCAUACUAUGCAUCAUUUUGGCUACUUGCUCUUGGUCUCUGGUCUCACUACAGGCACCGCCUUCUAUGCCAGCUACCUGAGCCACUUAACUGCCAUCCGAUGCUUUGCCAUCUAUAUGGGUACUGCUGUGCUGGUCAACCUGGCUCUCAUGCUCACAUGGUUGCCCUCCUCCAUGGUGCUGUAUGAGCGUUACCUAGCCCCUACCUGUGCAGAUCAGCCCCGAGAUUACUGGGGUGGCAGCGGGCACCGGAGGUUAGCCUUGGCCCUGCAGCGGCAGCUUCGUGCCCUGCAGCGGGCACUAACGAGCACCUCCCAUCUACUCUUCCAGCGGCUGCUGCCGUGUAGCGUCAUUAAGUUUCGUUACAUCUGGAUCUGCUGGUUUGCCGCACUGGCAGCGGGAGGGGCCUACAUUGCCGGCUUCAGUCCACGGCUACGUCUCCCCACUCUGACGAUGCCCAGGGGACAAGUCUUCCGACCUAGCCACCCCUUUGAGCGCUUUGAUGCUGAAUACCGCCAACAAUUCAUGUUUGAACGCCUGCCUCAGGGAGAGGGUGGGCACAUGCCUGUGGCAAUGGUGUGGGGCAUCCUCCCUGUGGACACAGGUGACCCUUUGGAUCCCCGCAGCAAUGGCACUCUGGUGAGUGACCCAACUUUCUCAGCCCGUGGUCCUCAGGCCCAGCUUUGGCUACUGACACUUUGCCACCGGGCUCGCAAUCAGAGCUUCUACUAUGUUGAGCAGGAGGUGGAGCCCACUCUCUGUUUUGUGGAGGAGCUGCAGCGGUGGAUGGCUGGCCAUCGGUGUGCUUACCAUGGCCCGGGUCUCUGCUGUGGCCAUUUCCACUUCCCCUUUGGUCCCCAGCUCUUCCUGCAUUGUCUCAAGAUGAUGGCCAUGGAACAGAGCCCUGAUGGGGGCAAGGACUUGGGGCCUCGGUUUGAUGCUGAAGGCAAUCUGGUAGCCCUGGUUCUGCAGUUUCAGACUAAUUUCCACUAUAGUGUGGAUUACAGCCAAACCCACCGCUUCUACCUUGAAGUGAGUCGCUGGCUCGAGGGAGAGCUGAGCACAGCCCCUGGUGGCCUGCGCAACGGUUGGUUUACCAGCCGCCUGGACCUCUACAGCCUCCAGCACAGCCUGAGCACAGAGCCUGUGGUCGUCCUGGGCCUGGCUGUCGCCCUCUCUUUUGCCAUACUCCUGCUGGGCACCUGGAACGUGCUGCUCAGUCUGUUUUCUGUGACAACCAUUGCUGGUACUGUGAUGCUUACUCUGGGACUGCUAGUGCUUCUGGAGUGGCAGCUCAAUGCUGCUGAGUCUCUCUUCCUUUCAGCUGCCGUGGGCCUUUCCGUGGACUUCACUGUGAACUACUGCAUCUCCUAUCACCUCUGCCCCCAUCCAGAUCGGCUCAGUCGAGUGGCAUUCUCCCUACGCCAGAUGAGCUGUGCUACUGCUGUGGGAGCCUCUGCCCUCUUUUCCGCAGGCGUGCUCAUGCUGCCUGCCACGGUCUUGCUCUACCGCAAGCUGGGCAUUUUCCUCAUGAUGGUCAAGUGCCUCAGCUGUGGCUUUGCCAGUUUCUUCUUCCAGUCCCUCUGCUGUUUCUUUGGGCCUGAGAAGAAUUGUGGCCAGAUCCUCUGGCCCUGUGGCCGCCUGCCCCGGGACUAUGGAGUCCGUGAGCCUGGUAGGGAGAAGACUGCCCGCCACCGCCCAGGGCCUGCUGGGGUCUCUUCAGCUGCAUUCAUAGAACAGUACGAGCUCCAGCCCCUAGCCCGCCGCCGUAGCAACAGCUUCGACACCAGCACAGCCACCAGCAAGCUGUCUCAUCGUCCCUCCAUGCUGUCUGAAGAUCUGCAGCUCCAAGAAAGUCAUUGCUAUCCCCGGGCCCCUCCGCCACCUGCCCGCCAGGAAACUCUGAGGCCCGAACCCCAGGAGCCACUUCUGGACCAUCAAGUUGUGUUUGGCCAGUGCCCAGCUCUACAGACCUCCUCUCCUUAUAAGGAGAGUAGUCCAGCCCCCAAAGUCUGGGCUGGAAAGGAUUCCCAGAGUUUGGACGCUGGGACUCCACAGUCCACAAGCCAGCCUGUCACACCUACUCAUUCCUCCAAGGCUGAGGCAGAGGAGCCCCCUCACUGCCUCUGCUCCUCAGUCAGCUCUCUGGAGGGGCUCAGUGUCUCUGACGAGACCUGCCUCAGUGCCUCAGAGCCCAGCGCCCCGGUCCCCGAUUCAGUCGUCUCCUCCCCAGAGGUUCAAGAUGUGGCUAGGUCCCCAGCUCCAGAAAGGGGUCAGCUGAAUGGAAAACGUGAGACUCUCUGGCUAGCCCUGCGGGAAACUGUCUAUGCCCCAACCUCACCUGCUUCCCACCAGAGCAGCUCUUCCUGGAAGGGCCGUGGUGGCGCUGGGGGAAGCCCCGUUGUGCUGCCCAAUAGCCAGCCCAAUUUGCCCGACGUAUGGCUGCGCAGAUCUAGCACCCAAAAUUCUGGUUAUAGCAGCUGA